CAGCAGGCUGGAAUUGGGACUAAGAAAACUGGUCGGAGAGAAAGCAAUGGCGGAUCCACUGAGGGGUUGGGGCUGCAUAGAGCCGCUCCUGCUCUUUCUGCUCCUGGAGACGCUAUGGGGAGCCAGAGCUGAGCAGAUACGCUACUCCGUGCAGGAGGAGCUGGACAAAGGCUCAUUCGUGGGAAACAUCGCCAAGGACCUGGGACUGGAGCCCCGGGAGCUGGCGGAGCGCAGAGUCCGCAUCGUCUCCAGAGAGUUACCAGCUCAGCCGCAAUAUGCAUUUCUCUCUGGAGGAGAAAAGUGGAGCUGAUGGACAAAAAUAUCCGGAGCUUGUACUGGAACGGCCCUUAGACCGCGAGAAAGUAGCUGUCCACGACCUCCUCCUUAC